AAUGGCUUUAGAACUUGGUGGUUUAUCUAUUUCAAGUUCCAAAUUACAAAAUAUACCUCUAGAUACUACUGAGCUUAAUUAUGGAAGAACUAAUCAGGCCUACUGCAAUUCCUUUUCCGAUGGAAUAGAUACAUCUACUACUAGUGGUGCGAUUGAAUUAGGUCGGAUUGAAGGAACAACGUCGCAACUUCGUCCACCUAAAAGAGAUUUAGCGUUGGAAAAUGUUAGUUACACUGUCAAAGAUUCAACAUCUUCGAUUAUUGAGAGUCUUAUUAAUUUUGAGGUACCAAAAAAUUGUGGCACUUUUAAGUCUAAUGGAAGAAAGACUAUUUUAAAAGAUGUGAGCUUCCGUAUAAAUUCCGGUCAAAUGUUAGCCAUACUGGGAAGUUCUGGUAGCGGUAAAACAACGCUCUUAGACAUUAUUUCAGAGAGGCAUAAUGGUGGACAGGUGGAGGGAUCGGUAAAAAUAAACGGAAAAAAUCGGACUAAAGCAUCCAUUAGGCGAUGUUCCGCUUACGUUAGACAGGACGACAGACUCUUACCCCAUUUAACCGUUAAGGAAACUUUAUUCUUCGUAGGUCGGCUCAAAUUGCCCUCUAGCUACAGUUCGAAGGAGGUCAAGCAGCGGAUCGAUGACGUUAUUGCUGAAUUAGGCUUGAGGCACGUGACCGAUACCAAAGUUGGUGGUCAUGAAGUAAGAGGGGUAUCAGGUGGUGAAAGGAGAAGAGUAUCAAUCGGAGUACAACUCCUAAUUGAUCCAAGUAUUAUAUUUUUGGAUGAACCAACAUCCGGUUUAGAUGCAUUUACUGCUCAUUAUCUUAUAGAUACCCUAUCGAAAUUAGCUUCCAACAAUCGGACUAUUCUUAUGACGAUUCACCAGCCUAGAUCAGAUAUCUUUGAACUAUUCGAUCUUGUCCUUCUUUUGAGCCAAGGAGAGCAGAUUUACUUUGGUGCGGCCAACGAAAUGGUUGAAUAUUUUAGUAGUCUUGGCUUUCCUUGUCCUUCUCUUACGAAUCCGUGCGAUUUCUUUAUUGACCUAAUAACGAUCGAUAGGUCUUCGGAGGAAAGUGAGAAACGAAGUUCAAGCAGAGUAUCGGAAUUUGUUGCUCACUUUGCAAGAAAGGGCUCAGGGGAAACUAGAGCAAGUUUUGCAACAAACGAGUUUGCAAGUAAUUACCUAACUCCCAGCGAAAAUGAGGUCGAUAAUGUUAUAGAAGAAGCUGAGGCGAGAAUUUCAACGCAGAAGCGCGUCAAUACUUUCCGUCAGUUUACUCUCCUUUUCAAGAGGGCUUUAAGGAAUAAUUACUCGGACAAAGCGUUUAUAGGCGUUCAAGCGGCUGAGGCCAUUUUUAUGUCAGUCAUGAUCGGAUUGCUCUAUUUCAAGUUGGAGAGGACUCAAAUAGACAUGAGAGACAGAUUAGGCUUACUUUACAUUAUAGCUGCAUUAUACCCUUACAUGGUAAUAUUAGACGUGGUUGGAUUUCAUCAUAAACAGAGAGCAACAAUAUACAGUGAACUUGAAGAUAAUCUUUAUUCUGUUCCUGCCUUCUUCUUUUCAAAAGUCUUAAGUGAAAUACCAGAACACAUCAUCUUUGUUUCUCUUUACUGCAUUCCAUUCUAUUUCUUAGCUGGCUUGCAAACUGAUCCCAAGAUGUUCUUUCAGGCGUUUGCAUUAAUUCUACUAAUGGUCUAUACAAGUAGAAGUUUGGCCAUGUUUGCAGCAGCCCUUCUACCAACCUACCAAACUAGUGCAAUAUUUGCCCAAACAAUUUUUACAUUAUUCCUACUAUCUUCCGGUUACGUCAUUAAUCUCCGAAAUAUGUUUGUUGGCGUUAAAUGGAUAUCUAAAAUUUCCUAUUUAAAAUGGGGAUUUCAAGGAUUAUGCCAAAAUGAAUUUAGGGGUUUAAAGUUUGAAUGCACUUUACCACAUCCUGAUCAAUGUAUCAAAACGGGAGAAGAAGCAUUAAAGCUAUUUUCGUUGAAUGAACUUGAACCUUAUCAUUCGUGCAUAAUAAUAUCGAUUUUUAAUAGUGUCGGAUUUAGUUCAUCAUUUGACGCCCCCGUGUCAGACGUGGAAGAAAUCAUUGACAAUGAUUAUAAUGAUGAUGACGUUUUGCAAUUGAAAGUAGAUGGAUUAAAUUGCAUAAUUAACGAUUCAGAAUCGAUUGAUUGGAGAGAUAAACUAGUUAAUUUUGAAAUACCGUGGGACUGGAAGAAGACUAAAGUAAGAAAGAAACUGUUGAACAAUAUAAAUUUUACCGUCAAAUCUGGACAAAUGCUGGCUAUUUUGGGCAGUUCUGGUAGUGGAAAGACUACAUUAUUAGACGUUUUAUCUGGUAGACAAUCUUGCGCCGAAAUUACCGGGAGCGUUACGCCCGGGAGCAUUGCAAUGAAAAAACUCUCGGCCUACGUACGUCAAGAUGACCGUCUCCUACCCACAUUAACUGUAAAAGAGACUUUAAUGUAUGUUGCUAGACUGAAACUUCCACCUUCGUUUUGUAUGGAACUAAUAGAAAGUAGGGUGAUGGAGGUGAUAGAUAAUCUAGGGUUAGGUAAAGUUGCAGAUGAAAAGAUAGGAAAUGAAGAAAUACGGGGUAUAUCUGGCGGUGAGAGACGACGUGUUACAAUUGGCGUUCAAUUACUUCUUGAUCCAAGUAUUCUUUUCCUAGAUGAACCAACUUCCGGUUUGGAUAGUUUUACCGCUCAUUACAUAAUAAAGAUGUUAAAUAAAUAUUCAAUGGCGAAUAGAAUAGUGAUAUCUACAAUCCAUCAGCCUAGAAGCGAUAUAUAUAAAUUAUUUGAUCUCAUCCUACUCGUUAGUCAGGGAGAGCAAAUCUAUUUCGGUAAAGCUGACCAAAUGAUAGAUUAUUUUUCUACUCUGGGCUAUUCUUGUCCAUUAUUUACUAAUCCUGCUGAUUUCGUUCUUGACCUCAUCACCGUUGAUCGUGAUAGUAGGGAGAAAGAGAUAGCAUCUAUAAAUAAGAUAGUCGGACUAUCCAGGACAUUUUACUCAGAAGAUAGAACUAACUAUGCAACAAAUGAAUCUGGCUUUAUAACAGGACAAGAAAGUAAUAACAAUGCAAUGAAUAUGGAGUCAAUAUGGAAUGACACAGAAGCAUUUCAAUCGUUCAAUAGUGAAAGAUUUCAACAACAGUCUCAGAUAUUAUCGCAAGGGCUUUUUCAUGGGACUAGAAAUGGGUUUAAACAAUUUAAAUUAUUAUUAAAGAGAUCUUUAAAGAACAAUUGGUCAAAUAGGGAAUUCAUUGCUAUCCAAGCGAGCGAAGCAAUCUUUAUGUCAUUUAUUAUAGGCCUCGUUUAUUUCCGAUUACCACUGGAUCAACAGUCCAUAAAAGAUCGAUUCGGAUUAUUAUAUAUCAUUGGCGCUUUGUACCCAUAUUUGGUCAUCUUGGAUGUCCUAUGUCAAUGUUAG